AGAAUAUCCUGCUUGACUCGUGUAGACGGUGCGAGACGCAUUGGCGCUCGCUUACAUGUUGACGGAUCAAAGAGGAAUGGUCGAAGCACUGUCGUUACGUGCAUCUCGCUCGUUACUACCAUCGCUCACGAUGCCCCUUCCCGACGAAAUUCCCUCGACGACCUCCCCCGAGGCUAUGACCCCCGUCUCCAAUACUUCAGACGAAGACCAAGUGGAGUCGGACAAUGCGGGCACAACUUCAGAGCGCGACCGCGACGGUGUUCGCUUCGCUCGACAAGGAAGCAGAGACACACCUCAAAGAACUAUGCCUAGACACGGGCCCACACGACGAGCCUCGGCAGAUACACCACGAGGGCGGCGGCGUAGACGAUCGGAGAGGCAGCCGUCAAGACAAGGAUACGCGUUCGGCGCCUUUCAAACAAACCCUCCUCCGUCUACAGCGCCAAGUGAUUCGGAGAGACUGCGGCAAUACGAGAGACAGAGUGGAAAGGCGAAUUCAGGACCUCAAUUCGAAGGGCGAAGGGGCCACCUUUACAAGCGAUCCUCCGCGAGCGACGUGGACUACGAGCGAAAGUACGCUCCUGACCCGUAUGGCGAGGAGGUCGGGGACUCAGCUCGCGUCUGGAGAGUAUACAACGAUGAGGCCCAGAUGGUCGACGCGGAGAUGGUGGAGGGCCUGAAUGGCACUCUGGAUGUCUUACUCGUUUUCGCUGGUCUCUUCUCUGGCGUGGUCACCACCUUCGUUUCGGAAAGCUCGCAAGCAUUGAACCCUGACUACGCGCAAAUCUCCGCCUCCCUCUUGUUCGAACUCACUCGCAUGCAACGUGCGAUGUCUUCCGGCUUGCCGAUCACCGAAGUUCCUCGCUCACAAUACAGCAUGAAUUCGGAGACACAAAACACAUCCGACGUGUGGGUGAACGGACUCUGGCUGACAAGUCUUGUCUUUGCGUUGGCGACCGCCUUUAUAACUGUGCUCGCCAAGCAAUGGCUGCAGCACUACGCAUCUGCCACUGGAGGGAGUCUGCGCGACCGCGCGUACGUUCGUCAAUACCGCCUUUGGAGCUUCACGCGCUGGAAUGUCCCGUUCAUUAUUGACUUUCUGCCCAUCCUGCUCAACAUUGCGCUGCUUCUCUUCCUCGCUGGUCUCGCGGUCUACGUCGCGCCGAUGAACGCCUCCAUAGCGCACACGAUCAUCAGCUUCACGGCCCUGAUCUUUCUGGCCUAUGCCGUUACGAUCAUUCUACCUAUCUGGGUGCCCCAUUGUGCGUACAAGACGUCCAUUUCCGACUACAUGAUCUAUAUCGCCGUGCUUCUUGCCCGUCUCUCUCGGUUUUUUAUGGACUUCCUCUACCACGCUGUUCGCCUGCGUCAUGCUCUCUGCCGGUCACCUAGAAGAAUGACAAAAUUGAUGUUCGCCGAAAUAUGGAACGAGAACGUUCGAGAGCCGAUGCAUGCGAAAGAGAGGAUGUCCCUCAAGUCUCGCGAAAUGGUCGACGUGAGCGAGCAUCGUGACUUCUUGACCGCCGAGGUCAUCGUCUGGCUCUGCUUCUCGUCCCUGAACACAUCUGCCGCCAGUAUAGCUGUGCAAGCGGUGGCCGGACUGCCCAUUGAGUUCCGGUUCACCGAGCCAGCCGCGAUGGAGGGAUUAUCUGUCGACGUAUUUCAUGCGCUCCAACGAGAAUGCGAGUCUGAAUUCGAUAACUGGACCAACCGGCAAUUCGUCGUCGACAGCGCAGAUCUCAUAGAGCGUUUGGGGCGCGCAAUCCUGCACUUCCCCAAUUACCCUGAGAUAUCGCUCGCUAAGCUUUGGGACGAAGUAUACGCAUAUCGACACGAGAUCAUGUCGCCACAGCUGGAUGCCCUUUUGCGCGUCAUGCUGCUGCAUCGCAUGGGGACCGGAGUGUGGUCUCCUCUCCGCACGGAGCACACCGCUUAUGCCGCGGACAUGACCACCUUUCCGACCUAUACGACCGACUUGCACCCUCUUGUUUGGCGUUCGUUGUAUAACGCUCUCCGCCUGAUACAGCCUCCAUUGUUGACCCUGGACCCAGAUAUCCUUCCAUGUCAGACCUACGCUGUUAUGACCUGCAUGUGGAUCAUGUUGAGUCAGGAAAACCAGGAAGAACCGCGCCUGCCCCGACCCGACACCCUCUUUGGUAGGACCGCCAUCCCCCUCAAUCACUACUGCGCCUGGCUUCCCGCUCGCGAAGAACUUCUGAAGGUCAUGGAGCGCCUCAUUAGCUACCAAGUCAGCGAGCUCGAACCCCUCGCGGUUUCCCCAUCGGUUGACGUCCGCCUUAUGCGACUCUUCCCGAUGCUCAUUGAGUUCAUACGCACUCACGAGCCCCGGACGGAGUCUCAGGGUAUCUGGGCCACCGUGGGCCUGGAUCAAAUGGCGGCUUUCCUCGCGCGCCGCUUCGUGCCAAAGUCGAGCGACCGCAUCGGUUAUGCGCCUCCCAUGCUCAAUGACGGUCUGUCUGCUGCCGCUGCCUUCGCCGCAGCGGAGACCAUCCUCACCAACGUCAGCCACGUCUCGCCCUGGGCGCGUCCAAGCGUCGGCAGGGCUCUCUCAUACUUCGACUGUCCCUCCCUCUACGAGAUCUUCUGUCGACAUGCGGGUGUCGAGCACCUUCUAUGCGUGCCUGUCGGCAUCUACUCACACCUAGCAAACGAGCUCGUUGACGCGCUUGCCAGCUACAUGAUGGCGAUAGAGCGGCUGUCCCUUCGUCGACCGCUGACACCGACCAUGAAGGCGCAGACGGAGCUCCUUCUCGACUUCGAAGUGCUGCUCCGCAUCUGCGAGUACUCUGGCCUCCAUGGACGGAACGGCCUGAGGGCGUUGUGUAGGAUGUCGCGCGGGGCGCCCGUAUGGCGCGACAUUAUGCUCGCCCUGGAAAAGGACAGACAUCGCGAUAAACGGCGCAUCAUGUCCUGUGCGAUCGGUCGAGCGAUCCAGGAGGAGACGCGGGACGGCAGCGUAUUCCGUUACGACCCCGACUUCGAUUAUGUGUACCUGUCGGGCCCCGAGCUGGAGCUACAUGGCAUGGUGCGUAUAUGCGAGGCGUGCGAGGACGGGGCACUGCGAGCCGUCAUAUCUACGAAUGGGGAGUUGCAUUAUGGACCUCUCGCUGUCCCAUGGGAAUUCAUAGUACCCAUACUCGCGGACGAACCUGUAUUGGCCAGGAAGGAGCAGCUGUAUAACUCCCAGCACCUACCUGCCUAUGCUGAAGCGACCAUUGACGAGUUUCCCACCCUGGAGGAAGCGAUGGUCGACCAUAUAGCCACAGGAGAGGUGGAUAACACGAGGACAUCCAGGCUUGCAUUACUCUGGCAUCAUUUGGAUAGUCGUAUCCACUUAUCACGAAGAAUAGCUAUGGAUCCUGGUGUUUAGCUAUUCGGGGAAGUCUGGAACCUUUUACGCACGCCUAGGACGUGCCAUAUGUCUUCACUAACAUAAACGAAGCUCGAUUACGAACACGCCAGGUAUAUAUUCCCUUUAUGUACUACGACUCGCGCAGUAUGCGCUGUGGACCUGCUAUCUACUUGUUCUGUUGAUGUCUACCCCCCAUGAUACUUUUUAUCCACCAUCGUACUCAGGUCUCUUGUGACUAUAUCUGACCCCUGGGCGGCCUUCAACAACUUGUUACUUAUCACUCUGAUGUCUUUGUCGAACAUCUUGUAUCUGGCGUACCGCUUGCGAUACACCCUUG